AAAGUGUUAAGUACCGCUGGGGUCCGUUGACCAGUUUUUCUUGAUGUGGAUAAUAACGUUAAAUUUAUUUCAGGUUCAGCUCAUUCGUGCACAAGGAAACAAAAGCAGAGUUUUUAGAAGAAAACUUGAAAAAUCCCAUAAAAUACAAACUUGUGGAAAAAAUAGAUUACCCAAGAUGGAAACUAUUGGAAAGUAUGGCAGGCAAACGAAUUAUUAAGACUCAUCUCCCAUUCAGUUUGCUGCCUCCCGAUCUGCUGAAGACUGGAUGCAAGGUUGUUUACAUAGCUAGAAACCCAAAGGAUGUGGCGGUCUCUUUUUACCAUCUCAACAGACUCAUCAGGACUCAAGGCUACGUGGGAGACUUUCCCUUAUAUUGGAAGUUCUUCCAGAAAAAUUUGCAGCCCUGGACACCUUACUGGGAACACAUUAGGGAAGGAUGGAGUCGAAGACACGAAAAGAAUGUUUUGUUCCUGUUCUAUGAGGACAUGAGCAAGGAUAUAUCCUCAACAGUCAGAAAGGUGUCCGAGUUCUUCGGCAAGGAUUAUUCUAGAGAACAAUACGACUCGCUGGUAAAACAUUUGGAUAUUGAGAAUUUUCGGAAUAAUAAAUCUGUAAACUAUGAUAUUCUCAAACACUUGGGCAUUUUGAAAACUGGUGAAGCAGGUUUUGUACGAAAAGGAAAAAGUGGUGGUUGGGAAGACUAUUUCACUGAUGAAUUAAACCAAAUGGCAAACGGUUGGAUUAAGAAACAUCAGGAAGAAAUUGGCAUCCAUUUUCCCAAUUUUUCUGUAUGAUUUUAAAUAAUUACUGAAUAUUUUCUAAUAGUGUGUAAUUGUUGUAUUAAGUUUAUUUUGAAUAAAAUUUCUAUACCAUCAACAAAAA